AUUUAGUGCGACCAGACCAAGGGUAAACACACGUGUGGCGCCCAGCAGCAGAAGAAACUUGGUUUAAUAAACGUUAAAUAUUUUGCAAUUAACUAAAAGAUUAUUUUGCUCAAUGGCGCGCGGCAAGAAGCAGAAUCCGUUUGCAGCUCGAAAACGUCAAAAACGUGAAAAUGGCUACGAGCGUCCGGAUCGCCGGUCUCAACCAUAUGAAGAGAUUAAGCGUGAUAAUCCUUUUUUUAUCAAGUAUUAUAAUCUACAAAAAAUAUGCGCCACCGAGGAUGAAUGGACUCAGUUUCUGGCUUGCAUACGUGACAAUUUGCCCACUACAUUUCGAGUGACCGGUUUCAAGGAUGAGGCCAAGGCAUUGUUGAAGAUCAUUGAGACUGAAAUGUUUUCGGAAUAUGUCCGCGCUGUGGCUGAACUGCACCAGAAGUUGCCGGAGCAAGUGGAGCGUCCUUUGUGCCUGCCAUGGUAUCCCAAUGGCAUGGCUUAUCAACUGCAUUUGACUCGCAAGGAUAUUCGUCGUUCCGAACCCCUCUUCAGGCUCCACAAUUUCCUGAUAGUUGAGACAACAGCCGGCAGUAUAAGUCGCCAGGAGGCAGUGUCAAUGAUACCGCCCAUCGUACUGGAUGUAAAGCCAACGGAUAAAGUUUUGGAUAUGUGUGCAGCUCCGGGUUCAAAAACUGCUCAGCUGAUAGAAGCUUUGCAUGCAGCUCCAGAGGAUCACAGAAUCCCACCGGGAUUCGUGCUAGCAAAUGAUGUGGACAAUAAUCGCUGUUAUAUGUUGGUCCAUCAGGCCAAAAGACUAAACUCACCCUGUCUGCUGGUGACCAAUCAUGACAGCAGCGUUUUUCCCAAUUUGAUAAGAACGCAGCCAGAUGGCUCUAAAAGCAUAUUGAAAUUCGACAAGAUCCUUUGCGAUGUUCCCUGUUCCGGCGAUGGCACUUUGCGCAAGAACCCGGAUAUCUGGAUGAAAUGGAAUCUGGCUCAGGCCUAUAAUCUCCAUGGUAUACAAUAUCGUAUUGUGCGACGUGGAGCCGAGAUGCUGGAGGUUGGGGGUCGUCUUGUUUAUUCCACUUGCUCGUUAAAUCCCAUUGAGAAUGAAGCUGUACUGCAACGCAUCAUUAAAGAUUCUGAUGGUGCAUUAGAACUCGUGGAUGCCGGUCAUUUAGUGCCCGGCCUUAAAUACAACCCUGGCAUGACCAAUUGGAAAUUGGCCACCAAAGAUGUGGAUCAGGUGUUUAGCACCUUUGAUGAGGUGCCGGAGAAUUUGCAUACAAUCAUUCGCCCCGCCAUGUUCCCUCUGCCAUCCGAUGAGUUGACCAAAUUGGGCUUGGAGAAAUGUUUACGCGUCUUGCCACAUUUACAGGACACGGGUGGAUUCUUUGUGGCCGUCAUUGAGAAGCGUCGACAGCUGAGUUUUGAAAAAAACGAUCUACAGACUCUACUUGAGCAAACGUCUAAGGUUGAGGAUGCCACUGCCGCUGCCGCCGAAUCACAAAAAGAAGGGGAAACAGGGGAGGAUUCUGCAAAAUCCGUGCCCUGGGGUCCGCAACGCAAACGUCGUCGUCUUCAUGGUUACAAAGAGGAUCCGUACGUUUUCUUUGGCCAAAAUGAUGCCGAUUACGACAACAUCAAGGAGUUUUAUCAGUUGGACGAGGCCCUAGAGAAGACAUGUCUCCUAACCCGCUGUCUCACCGAAAAGAAGAAAAACAUAUAUUAUUGCUCUGAGCCCAUACGUGAUCUGGUGGUCAACAAUGAACACAACAUUAAGAUCAUCAACACGGGAGUUAAGACAUUUGUGCGCUGCGAAAAUCGCCACACCGUGCAUCCAUAUCGUUUGGCCCAGGAGGGUCUGCAGACGUCCAAUGCCUUUAUGGGCCAGACUCGACGCAUUGAAGUCGAACGUGAAGAUCUAGUUCUAUUGCUCAAUUGCACGGAUCCCACCAAGCCGCCGUCUACAUUGGAAUUGAAACCAGCAACGCAACAGCGUUGCAAGGAGUUGGGCGUCGGCAGCUGCAUCUUGAAAUAUGUGGACGAGGCCUUCACUUUGUUCGUCGUCGGCUGGCGUGGUACUUCCAGUCUACGCGCCUAUGUCGAUAAGGACGAGACAAUUCAUAUAUUACGUUUACUCCGUGCUGAUUUGUCCAAGUUUGAGGUAAACAAAUAUGAGGAGGCCAAAAAGGCGGCAGCCGCAGCUGCAGCAGCAGCAGCAGCGGAGUCGGCGACGGCGGAAAAGGCAACAGCUCAAGCUGAUGAACCGAAGGAAACAGGUGAAUCUGCUGCAGUGGACAAAGUGGACGAGGAUAAACCUAGCACACCAAUGGAUACAGAGAGUUAGUGUUUAAACACACACACACGUCUUUUGUCGUUUAGCAUUUUAAGUUGUGCAAGAUCUAUGUAUAUACAUAUAUACACACCGAUUUGUAUGCUAAGUAAAAAUAAAGGGUUUGCUGAAACCUUUGAAAACUUUAAA